AUGAGAGGAAUACUGGCAGCAUUCACUUUAUUGUGUGUUUUAGCACAACAAACAUUUGGUACGAAACAGACUGAAGUUGCCACCUUAAAUCAAGAUGGCUCGCUCCUAACAGACGAUGUAACAUGCUACUAUCGUGGAAGGAACAUCUCCAACGGCGAAACAUUAAAUCUAGAAGACCCUUGCGAAGGAUGGACGUGCCACGCUCCGGAGAAAAAAGUUACAGUAAUGGGGUGCCAAAUCAAGAGGAGUUACGGCAACUGUCUCUUACGUUUCAAAAGUGGUGAAUACCCAAACUGUUGUCCUGGCCGUUCAUUGUGUUAG